CCAGGUUCUAUGUGAGAAUCAUCAUUUUGACGAUCGCAAUAUUACUGCAUUAUCGAUCGCUUUGCCUGAUUCAUUCGCGACAGAGACGGAGUGUUUUGGGAGAGAUAAUGAGUCACGCUGCAAUCAAUACUGUUGCAGCGAAAUCAUGUCUUGAGUGUCGGCGGCGGAAAAUUAAAUGUGAUAAGUUAAUUCCUUGCUCAUAUUGUGUGAAGGUCAAAAUAAAAUGCCGCUACCCAGCGCCGAGGUCAACUUCCAAUAAAGAUGGGAGCCUGGGUCAAAGCAAUGAAGUCCUGAGCACUCGCAUUGAUCGAAUUGAGGGUACAUUGCAAUUAUUCGAGAAUAGCAUUUCCCAAAUAAGGGAAUUGUUGCAACAGUCUCAUCUAUCUUUAAGGCCUGACGGGAACUAUAACCAGGGUCUUGAAACAUGUGCGGCGAAUCGCCAAAUCAUAUCGGCGGAGAGAACGGGGUCUAUGAUCUUUGACUCGGAAAGGUCAAGCCAGUCUCAAAAUGAUCUUGGCUUAUCGGUGGUGCCGAGCCAUGAUCGAACGGGAUUACCAUCUAGACUAUUUCCCACGGCAAGUCUAGAUUCUCUUCACCCGCCACCCAGGAUCAUCUUCUUCAUGUGGCAGAACUAUCUUGAUAGAGUUGAUCCAGUCUUGAAGAUCAUACAUGCCCCGACUGUGCAACGAGACAUUAUGAAAUUUGCACGAGACGAAACGCAUCUUGACCCAAGCCGUCAUAUUCUAUUUUUCGCCAUUUAUUACACUUCUGUGCUCACAAUGUCAGCGGAAGAAUGGGGGGAAGAGCUUUGGGAGUCGAGAGGAGUAGCCUUGAAAAGAUUUCGGAGCGAGCUAGAGAGAUCUCUUGAACAGUCUGAUUUGCUGAACACGUCGGACUUUACUAUUCUCCAAGCAUUUGUGCUGUACAUUGUCUGUGGCAGAUGCGACAAGCAAGGUCCGGAUGCCAAGCGCUUAACUGAGGUCGUGGUCAAUAUCGCGUUUCAGAACAAGCUCCAUCAGGAUGGUCUGGAACUCGAUAUUCUUCCCUUCGAAGUUGAGAUGAGACGUCGAUUAUGGUGGCAGAUCUGUAUUCUGGACGUGCGGACUGCCGAAGACAACGGCUCCGAUCCACAUAUUCUCUCUACAUCUUUCACCACCCGAUUGCCUUCCAAUGUCAACGACGCGAGCCUUCACCCUGACAUGAGCGAGAUGCCUCAAGCAAAUCAUGGAAGAACAGAAAUGUCUUUCACUCUGGUAAGAUUCGAAGGGAGUAAUUUUGCACGCCGAAUAGUCUUCUCCGACCAGUUCUGUCAAGAGAAUACCUACGAUAUUUUGACCGCCUCUGAGAAAUGCGUGGCCAUCAACAAGUUCAGAGAGCAGAUCGAGCAACAAUAUCUGUCAAAGCUGGACAAGAGUAUCCCGUUGGACUUUAUCACAGCCGCAUCCAUUCGCCUCAUUCUCGUCAAACUCAAACUUACGGUGAACAAGCCGCGAAAGAGGCAGACUCAACACCUGAUAAUGCAACAAAGCUUCCGAAGAACCUGUGUUGAGAUCUUGGAACGUGCGCGCAUGUUGCGUCAGUAUGAAAAGGGGGAGAUAUGGCUUUGGCUGUUCCAGACAUACCUCGAGUGGGACGCCCUCUCCUAUCUGUACAUCAACUUGUCGCUAGUUCCAGCGGGAGAUGAUGUGGAUUUGGCAUGGACUGCCGCUAACGACAUUUAUGAGCUUUGCAUGCUAAAGACUCGGCGCAAAGGGAGCCUAGUGUCUUCGCGACACCACCAGUUGAUGGUCGUAAUUCUGAUCACCUAA